AUGAUGAGGGUUGGAACGAUGGUGCCGCCGCUGGUGGGUUCAAUCCGGAGGGCGGCAUUUUUCUGCAGAUCGGCGAUGGAGCCUGGUGGCGGGGUGGCCAUGGUUCAGGGAGCUUCCAGAGGAAUUGGGCUCGAAUUCGUGAGUCAUUUCCGUGUUCUGCGUCUCGUUUAGGUUGCAUGUUUGAGGUCGCGCCAUCCUCAACAGUUUCAGGGGCUCUGCAGUCGGGUGGAAUCAAUUAAUUAUGUUUGGUUUCUGGUUUUUUUGUUCCCCUCGGUUGCGGAAUUUUCCUUUCUGGAUAUGAUUCGCAACUCUUGAUGCCGAUGUGCGGGAAAGGAGUUGAAUCCCCUGAUAAAUUGCCGCUGUCAGAAUGUUCUCCUUUACAUUUUGGCGUGAGUUUCUCUUUAAAUUGUAUCAGAUUUGAACUGGUGGUGGUCGCCGAACAGACAGAUUUAUUUAUCCGUGAGAACCCUAGGUCAUCUUUAGCUGCCAUGGUGAGUUUCGACGAAUGCCAAGAACACAACCGCUUGAUGUCGACAGAGAUCGAUCAGCUCUAGGUUCUUCUAUCUUGAUUUAUUGUAUCUUGUGCAUUCCAGUUAUUUUUUUUCUCCAUGAACAAGUAUUCGGCAUACGUUUCAUGCUCUUGAAUCCCUUUGAAUAUAGGUCAGACAACUCUUGGAGAAGAAAGAAAAAGGGCAGGUUAUUGCAACUUGCCGUGAUCCGAGCAGGGCUUCCUUCCUUCAAGAACUGAAAGGCAAGUAUACCGAACGCCUCGACAUCCUGCCGCUGGAUGUGACCGAUGAGAGCUCCAUAAAGGUAGCUUGAUUUUUAUACUACGUGGGAACAUAUAUUUCAGAUAUUUCAUUGAAAACUUAACCUUCUUCAUGAACCAAGAUGCUCGAUACCUAGUUUCCUUCUUGCCUCCAGAAUUUUGGCUUAUUCUUCUUUUAGCUACAGAAUGCAAGACGAUGGCGUUUCUCAUGGUGUUCCCUUGCUAGUUCUAUUAAAGAAAUACCCUAUCUGGGAUCUUAAAUCGAUUGACAUAACAAGGGAUCUUGAUCUUGAUACAGAACGUCUUGCAGAACUCAAGAAAUGAUUCAGAUCUUGACAUAACAAUCGAUUGACGUACAAGAAAUACCCUUUCUCAUGUUGCUAGUUAUAAUACAGAACGUCUCCCGAUCUUGAUCAUUGAUUUUAAUUCGCUACCCAAGAAGAGGAAGGAUAUCUGCGUGUAUUAUAAGAUUAGAAAGGGAUGAUAAAUCUAGGUGUGUCAAUUAUUGUUAAAAUUACUAAGAAUGAUGAGGGAUGAGACAUCGAUGUGCAGUUUGAAAGAACUCAAGAAAUGCAGUUUGAGAGAAUGAUUAUAGACUAGUUUUGGUGUUCAGAGGAUAUGGUACUUUCUCUGUCUUGUAGAUUCAUGGUUAUGAUGCAUGAGAAACUAGUCCAAUCUAUAGCAUCCAUAUUCUAAUUUCUUCUUCUGAGCAAACGUACUCAUCAUUGUUAUGAUUUCAUAUUUCAUCAAAAUCUUACUCAUUAUUGUUGUGAUUUCCUGCUAUUGCAUUGGAAAUAAGAAAAAGAUUAGGAAACUUUAAAAUUAUUGCUAGAUGCAUUUAGUUCCAGCGGACAAGCUUCCAAAAAAAUUAAAUUAACUAAGCAUGAUCAAUCAUUGGGGUAAAAUAUUCCAAUGGAUAUUAGAUGGUGAUAUUAGCGGGGGAAACUCAUUUUAUAGUCGUGCUGUCUUGACUAUGCUUUUGCAUCCAGGACCAAAACCCAACUUAGAGCUCAUGUUCUUGUUCAGAAAUUCCCUGGUACAGUUCAUUUAGCUUUAAUUAAGUAAGUUAUGUUAGAAUUCCAUAUAUUCAACUUUUUCUCCUGCUUCUGCUCAAAGUUUCAUUUUGAUUGUAGCAUAUAAUUUCCCUACUUCUAGAAUGCGAUUCCUCAGUUUCAUGAAUCCACAGCUAUCCAAUCCUAUCUACAUGUUUUCGGUUUUCGUUUCCAUAUCAGAGCAUACUUCUCCCACACACACACACGCCUACAUAUCUGUAAUGGUUCGUCUUUUUUUUUUCUUGCAUUUGAUUUUCUUCCAAGUUCUCGAUCGUUUCCCACUCGUUUGACUCAUAUUCAUCACUCAUUGAUUUAUUUAUUUUUCUGAAUUUUUGUUUAGGCUAUGUAUUCAAAAUCACCAAAUGGAUAUCUUGUGGCAGGCAUCUACAAAGUCUAUAAACGAAAGAUACGGUUCCCUCAACCUGCUGAUUAAUGCAUCUGGAGUGCUCUCAAUACCGGGUGUACUGCAGCCAGGUACAAAUUUCUAUAGAAACUACUUAAUUGGAAGAACUAGUAUGCAAGGAGAGUCCAGAAAUCCAAAGCUCCAGGCCACCUGUUCUUCAAUGUCCUGCUCUAAACUCGACGCUUGUUCAAAGACCUCUACCAGUGAUAGAUGCUUGAACAUCUCAUGAAUCUGCAUUCUGCGAAGCAAAUUUUUUUGAUUCGUCUAAAUACUUGCUUUUGUAGAAUACUUUGGUAAGAUGACAUCUCUGCUAAGCUCUUUCUCAUCUUCAAAACAGAUAGCUAGCUAGGAAGUGCUAGUAGGAAGGCCUGGACUUCGUAGCGGCUUAGUCCAGAGCCCAUUUUCUGGGUUUUUCUGUUAGUCCAUAAAAAUGGCCCAGACUUAGCCUGUAACUUUAAUAUUCCUAGAAACAGUGCUGUGCAUGUUUUAAUUAACUGCAUAUCUGUAGAACUGAGUUUUUUUUUCUUUAUUAAAUAGCUCGCUAGUUUAUUACUAUGUUAUUUUUUAUUUUUCAGAACUCUAUCAUUUUUUUAAUAUUUUAUUUCUAAGCUAAAUAGAUAAAGGACUCUUUUUCCAGCAUCAAUACUUCCGUUUCAUAUUUUUCUCCUGUGUUCAUGAUUGCAGAAACAACCUUGAAUAAGGUAGAAAAGUCAUCGUUGAUGUUUGCAUAUGAAGUCAAUGCUGCCGGACCCACUCUAGUCAUCAAGGUUUUUUUUUUCUAAUUCAUUCUCUGUACGAUUAUCUUGUGUCGGCAUGUUAUUAUUUGCAAACUGGGAAAUAUUUUUCAGGGUCAACUCUCUUUCACCAUAUUUUAUCCGUCAACCUCUCUAAAUGACUGACUUUUUCACCUGAAUCUUCAAUAGCACAUGUGGCCGCUAUUAAAGCUGGGAGGGCAGACCGCUUCUGAGAGGAAAUUCUCUAUAGUUGCAAACCUAAGUGCCAGGGUCAGCUCCAUCGGAGACAACGGCCUUGGUGGAUGGCAUUCAUAUCGAUCUUCAAAGACGGCACUUAACCAAUGUAUUAUGCAAUUAAAUUUUUAUUAUUUAUUUUCCUAAUCUCCUAAUAUCAUAUCAAGUUCCAAGCUUGAGACUGAAAUUUCUUGGUCACUGAAAAAAAAAAUCCUCACAUCAUGGAGUUAAAAUGAGGAAUCCGAGAAUAGCAAGGUGAUCAGAGAAAAAGCAUCUGUUUAUUUUAAUUUUUUUCCAAAUUAGCAUAAAUGUUAGUGAUGGACACUACAGCCUUCUGAAUUCUGCAAAACCCUGUUUAAACCCUUCUUUUUAUUUCCAAGAGUUGCUCUUUUCUUGUUGUUUUUGUAUCACAUAAACUAAAAUCAGAAAUUGAAUCAGUUAUCCCUGAGGUUCCUUUCUCUAAUUAAAUCAGGACAUUGGGUCAUCCAGUUCAAAGUAAAUUGGCAGACCCAGAGAUAUAUAACCCUAAAGUAAAAUUAUUUAUUGCUUCCAGUAUGAGAUUAUUAAAACAUGUGGGUUUUUUGAGCCUUGAUUAUACGGGCAACAUAGAGGAGGAACAAGUAGCUCAGCAGCAACCAUUUUCGUUUAUUGAAAUUGAACUAAUUACAUCCAUAUUAACCAUGAUUUCAAUUAUUAUUUCCAUUAUGAUACUGUUCUAUGUUUACAGUCUUCACCAUAGAAUCAAAAAGCUUUACAUAAUCCUGGAAAUUCUCUGCUUUCCUCCAUGAUUUCAUAUGAUUUCCAAUACGGGACUAUCCUGUUCACAAUAAGAUUAAAAAAAAUCCAUAAUUGUAGAAAAUUUCUUGUUACUAUUUCCCAUAUGGGGCUAAACCUGAUUGAAAUCAAAGUGUUCCAAGACGGUGGGAGAUUCUCUGGCUGAAUGCUCUGUAAUCUGGGUGUAGUGACGAAGAACAUAUCUCUGGAGUUCGCCAGGAGGAAGGACCCCAUCGUCUGCAUUCUUCUGCACCCGGGAACCGUGGACACGGACCUCUCCAAGCCGUUCCAGAGGGGCGUCCCCGAGGGGAAGCUCUUCACGCCGGAGUUCUCCGUGGGGAAGCUCCUCGCCGUGAUCGAGGGCACUGAAGCUUCCGAUAACGGCAAGUUCUUCGCUUGGGACGGGCAGCAGAUUCCCUGGUGA